GAUCAUCUAAUUCCAAUUCAAAUCAUCUUCACCCACAAAACUCAAAUCUUAAAUUCGUGUCAUCAUCGGACGACAAGGGUCCUACGUGUUUAACUCUACACUUUCUCUUUCUAUCCAUCCACCCACCUAACAAUUAAGCUAUUCAUUUGAUCAUUUCCAGUAAAACAGGAAAACCCAACUCAAGAACACCAUCAAAAAUCAUCAUCAUCAUCAAAUCAAAUGCCAUGGAAACCAGCAACAUGAACAACAGAUGGAUAUCAACGGCAUCAAGCAUAUGGAUUCAAUCCACCACAGGUGGGUCCUACGCUUUUAGCAUAUACUCUCCCGCACUCAAAUCCUCCCAAUCCUACGACCAGUCAACCCUCGAUACCAUCUCCGUCUUCAAAGACAUCGGCGCCAACGCCGGAAUUCUCUCCGGAUUACUCUACGCCGCCGUCUUGGGCCGUCGUUUAGGAUGUUGUUUCGGAGGCCCAUGGGUGGUACACUUGGUGGGGGCGGUUCAGUGUUUUGUGGGGUACUUUUUUAUGUGGCUUGCCGUCGUUGGGAUCAUUGCUCCGCCGCCUGUGGCGGUUAUGUGUGUAUUUAUGUUCCUGGCUGCACAUGCGCAGACUUUUUUCAAUACUGCGAAUGUUGUCACGGGUGUUGAGAAUUUCCGGGAUUAUAAGGGGACUAUUGUUGGCAUCAUGAAGGGUUUUCUUGGACUUAGUGGAGCAAUCUUAAUUCAAGUAUAUCAAGCAUUUUUCAAAGAAAGUCCAAGCACAUUCAUCCUACUCCUUGCAUUCUUGCCAACUUUAGUCUCUUUCUCACUAAUGUUUUUGGUCAGAAUUUGCCCGGGAAGCACAGGUGAUGAGAAAAAGUACUUGAAUGGUUUUUCCAUUGUCGCUCUUGUUCUGGCUGCGUAUCUGAUGUUCAUCAUCAUAGUGGAGAACAUUUUUGUGUUACCAAAAUGGGCACACCUUGUUACUCUUGUCGGUCUCGUUAUAUUACUCUCUUCACCCCUUAAAGUCUCUGCAGAAGCUGUCAGCAAGGAAAACAAUGAUGUACAACCCUCAGAUUGGGAUACAUUACUCUAUGGUACGGACCCAAAUGAGCCCGAGAAAUUUCUGGGUGAGAAAGAUGGAGGAGGGUAUGAUGAAUUACCAGGUACUUCCCAUAACGUUACACCACGCACAGAAAACAUGAAUCUGUGGGAAGCUAUGAAAAGCUUGAAUUUCUGGUUGUUGUUCAUUGCUAUGUCAUGUGGAAUGGGAUCUGGACUUGCCACUAUAAAUAACAUGAGCCAAAUAGGACAAUCACUUGGGUAUGACACGGUAAAGAUCAAUACAUUGGUUUCAUUAUGGUCAAUAUGGAAUUUCCUUGGUCGGUUUGGUGGAGGAUACAUAUCUGAUAUCUUACUACGCCAAAAAGGAUGGGCAAGGCCGUUACUGAUGGCAAUCACUCUAGCAACAAUGACUAUCGGGCAUAUCAUAAUCGGAUCUGGUUUUUUCGGUAAUCUGUACAUAGGAACUAUCUUGGUCGGGAUUUGUUAUGGAGCACAAUGGGGUUUGAUGCCUACUAUAACUUCAGAGAUAUUCGGGAUUCUGCAUAUGGGUACGAUUUUCAAUACCAUUGCAAUAGCAAGUCCUGUUGGAACUUACAUUCUCUCUGUGUUGGUGAUUGGACAUAUAUAUGAUAAAGAAGCAGGGGAAGGUCAAUCUUGCUAUGGAGUUCACUGCUUCAUGGUAUCUUUCAUUAUAUUGGCGUUUGUUAGUUUUCUGGGGUUUCUUGUUGCUCUGACAUUGUUCUUUCGAACAAGGGUGUUUUAUCAGUCUGUUGUGCUUAAAAAUUUACGCCAUUCCCUGUGAAAUCUGAUCUUGUUCUCAUUUUCUCACUUAAAAGUUGGAAGAAAUUCCUACAAGUGCAGCCCUUUGUAUCGUUUGUUCAAUCAGAGCGAGGUUGACUUUUCAAACUGCUAAUGUUGACCCUUGGAAUUCGUUUAAUGGGUGCUAAAACUGCUGAUAAGUGCAGCCUGCCAUUUGUUGGGUGCAAACACUUUCUGCUGCUUGGGGUCGGUGUGAACUGAUGUCACUCUUAAGGUGCUAUCUGACCUCGUUGUGCACUCGUGUUGUGUGUAACAAUUUGACAACAGUUAUUGGAAAAAUCUGCCAAUAACAAACAAACGUUGAAAGAGAAAUAUGGGGUUAUGCUCUACUUUACAGUUUACAGUAAUACACCAACACUCCACUUUGUUAUUUAAGACUUUUGCUUGGUAUAUUGGCCUUUCGGCUGAUUUUGAUGUUGUCUGCUGUCAACCUUUGUUGUGCAAGUAUUGGAUUCUUGAUGCGAGGGCUGAGGUAUGGCUGCUUUCUGGAAUUUAAGCAGUUAGAUUUGGUUGAAUUCAUCUGCUAAUUAACUGGUUUCUUUUAUCUGUAUUGAGUUAUGGUUUGAUGCUGAUUUCUAUUUCAAGAAUGAAUGAAUGUAUAUGAUGUUUCAGUA